AUGCGUUUCUUCAAGACAGUUCUUAUCCUUGCUGCCGCUGCAGCCCGUGUGUUGGCUGCGCCCGAUGACCCCAUUGGCGAGAUUUUCGAUAGCAACACCUGCGAAGGCGAGAUUGUUACGCAGUUUUUCAGCCAGGAUUGCAACUCCUUGAACAUUAGCCAGUCUAUUAUUACUACCAUAGAUGUCACCUGCAAAAUACAUAAGGACCGUCGUUGUGACGAUGAGGAGUCAUCUACUCAGAAGGCCAAUGCGCAAGCCUGUGCGGACCUAGGACUCUGGAAUAACCAAGAUGACGGGGAAGCGUAUUUCCAGUGUAGCUCGAGCAGUUAG